UUAUCCCUGCUGAAAACAUACAACUGUUACCAUGAAGGUAAAAGUUUCCAGAUAAGGAACCAAGAGGAAGAAGGUGAAUUAAUCAUUGAAGGUUUGCUUAACAUCUCCUGUGGUCUCCGAAGGCCAAUCAGACUUCAGAUGCAUGAUGACAAUGAGCGAGUCCAUUUCUCAUAUCGAUAUCUAUAUUGGGAGCCUGAAGUAGAUGCUGUAGCCAGGUUGUACUCCGGGAUGCUGAUAGAUGGGACCAGGGACGGGGCUGAAGCUGCCUCGGCUGAGGUGAGCAAGGGUGCCGCUGAAACAGAUGAUGCGGUGAAGAAUGCGUGUUCUACAGUAGCCUUACAUCACUUUAUUUGCUCAGAUUUAGACUCAGAAAUGAGCAACACAGAAGAGGAGACUUCUCAGCUAAUGAGAACAAAGAGUGAAGCAAGUUUCAUGAAUGCCCAGAGAAGAUCCAAAUACCAAACUUCAGGAGAAAUGCAAAGGAUUAAACGACAUAGGUUUUCCAUCAAUGGCCAUUUGUAUAACCACAAGUUUGACAUCUGCAGAUCUAUCCGAGACAACGAUACUGAAUACAAAGCUGUUGCUCCCUCCUGGUACCGAAUCACUUCAAACUCACUCACUAGCUGCAAUCAGACCAUAUACAGUGCAUUGCGAUCCAUGAUCCAGCAGCAGUUGGAGGACAUCUCUGAGAAUGACAAUCGUUUCUGA